ACACACGCAGACCAAGAGCUGAGGUCUCUGGCCGUCGUAUCCCCUCCGACCCGACACCUGCUGGACAUGCUGCUCAGGUGAGAAGGCUGCUCUCUUCUGCUGCUGUUUUAGCAGCUUCGUCAUUCUUCAGCGGACGGUGAGUCAGUUUGCUGCUAAUAAGUGGAGGAACGUGUGAAAAUGAAGACAGAACUGUGGGUUGUUUUGCUGGCUGGAGCCCUGACUGUUGUUUCACCUGCAGAAAGGCUGCGUUUAGGCAAAGCAUGAGAGAAUGAUCUGAAAUGGGGGCUUGAGGAAAUGAGUUGAGAGAGUAGAACCGAGUUUGUCUGGAGCAUCAUCAGUGACGGAGCCACUGGGUUGAAUCCAGUUCACCUGCCUUCCAAUGAGCACAGGGUCAGGCUUUGGUGUGGAGUUGUUCACUGCUACGUCGGGUGAUGAUGUUUUCAGCUGACAGCUGUUGAGACUCAGAUCUGCGGAAGUGAAAUGUGCGGGAGAGAAGCGUCGACUGAAGGGUGAGACAUAAAGACAACGCAGCAUAACGGGACAUCCUGACACAUCACAUUCAGAACUUCAUAUAAUCCCAAGUGAAGAAUGUAGAAAAGCGCAUGAAAACAUUUGGAGCCAGAUUUAAUUAAAAAAAAAAGAGUGUGAAGUUCAAAUGUAGGAAGCAAGAUGUCGGCUUGCUGUUGGUGCUGAGAGGCCAACAAGUGUCCUGAACUCCCACAGAUUGUCUUAUCAAGGGUCCACAUAGCCGGCUGCUGGGACGGUCGGGGGGCGUGUCCUCCUCACUGACACUCGCCAAACUGUCUCCACAUGUGUCAGGCCCUCCAGUGAGCACACGAGUGCGGGGUCUGAUGUGCUCCACGGUGAACUUCCCUCUGAGGAGAAGCAGUGAGGCGCUCGCUGCCCCUGGGAGACCGUGUGGAGGUGCUUCCAUGACGAGCAACUUCGCCGGCCCAGACACAGAGAUGGACGUGGCCUGGCAGGAGCUGAUGGCCAUCACGGAGCUGCAGGAGUUGGAGCCCCCUGGCGAAGGCUCUUUUGCUACAGCUCAGUACCAAACCUACGAGAACACGGUCCACAUGGGAGGCUAUGGAACACCUCAGCCAGACCCCUCCUCUGAGCUGGCUGUCGCCAGCUCUUACGGGUGCUUCUCUCACCAGGACUGUCAUUGUUCCAAUGCCGAGGCCGUGUACGGACACACGGACGACCAACUUGGUCACAUGGCCUCGUCCUAUCCCACCAACCUGCUGAUGGCUCCGAGGGAACACGUGUCGGGUCUUCGGGUCAGCCUCUGCCCCCCUCAGGGGCUGAGCCAGCAGAUCUGGCCCUCACACACAGCUGAGGACCUGGAGUCAGACUCGGGGCUCUCGCUCGGCUCCAGCCCGCCUCUGGCUUCUCCGGACGGGUCGGUGGCUUUGAUAGGCUACCAAGGCCUGGACGCUCCUCCACAGACUUUGCGGAUGAUCAAGCAACAUGGCCCCUGCGACAUCUCGGCAACACCCAGCAGGGGGAGCUCUCACACCAAGAGCGUCUCCCAUUCAUCCCACCUGAGUCGUGACGAGAGACGGGCCCUGGCUCUGAAGAUCCCCUUCCCCAUGGAGAAAAUCGUCAACCUGCCGGUGGAUGACUUCAAUGAACUGCUGACCCAGUACACGCUGAACGACUCCCAGCUGGCUCUGGUCAGGGACAUUCGUCGACGAGGCAAGAACAAGGUGGCGGCGCAGAACUGCAGGAAGAGGAAGCUGGAGAGCAUCAUCCACCUGGAGAGAGAGCUGGGUCAGCUGGCCGCCCAGCGCGAGCACCUGUCGCAGGAGCGGAGGGAGUUCCAGAGGAGCCUGGCCUUCCUCCAGUGUCGCCUCUCGGACCUCUACGCGCAAGUCUUUGCUCACUUGCGGGACGAGAACGGACGGCCCUAUUCCAUGGACGAGUACUCCCUUCAGCAGACCCCUGAUGGCAAAAUGUACCUGGUGCCAUUCAGCAGGAGGGAGCCGUGCUGAGCCCAGCGCCGGUUGACUGCUCGACCUGGGUUCUCUCAUCCAGCGAGAUGUUUUGUAAAUAAACGCAGC